UUCGUUCAUCGUUCUUCCAUUUCCUUAGCCCUUUUCCAUUUUCGUUCAUUUGCCAUCUUCUCCUCGGGAUCUGGUCCGAGGCGACAAGCAGGAGUUCCACAAUUCCCGAGGAUUCAACUUUGAACUCUCUCUUCCUUUUUCUAUUUUUAGUCUUUUUGUCCUGUCCUGUCUCUUGUCUUUUACCUUUCCUUGGACCCUUCUCUUGACUUUUUUUCUCAGCUAAAAAAAAAAACCCUACUCUUCUCUGCUCAAAUUCGACUUUAUUCAGCUCUGUGCGCUUGGAAAUUAAGGUCAUAUAUACAUUUGAUAGCAAGAUCAUGAAUUCCUUUUCACAUGUUCCUCCUGGCUUUCGGUUCCACCCAACUGAUGAAGAACUUGUAGAUUAUUACCUCAGGAAGAAAAUAACUUCCAGAAGGAUUGACCUAGAUGUUAUCAAAGAGGUGGACCUCUACAAGAUUGAACCAUGGGAUCUUCAAGAACUAUGCAGAAUAGGGACAGAAGAACAAAGUGACUGGUACUUCUUCAGCCACAAAGAUAAAAAAUACCCAACAGGUACAAGAACCAAUAGAGCCACAGCAGCAGGAUUUUGGAAAGCAACUGGAAGGGACAAGGCUAUUUAUUCCAAACGUGACUUGAUUGGCAUGAGGAAGACCUUGGUUUUUUACAAAGGGAGGGCUCCUAAUGGUCUAAAAUCUGACUGGAUUAUGCAUGAAUACCGACUUGAGACUGAUCCAAAUGGUGCCCCUCAGGAAGAAGGAUGGGUAGUGUGUAGAGUAUUCCAGAAGAGAAUGGCAAGCACGAGGAAACAAAGUGAGCACGAGUCACCAAUUUGGUACGAUCAUCACGAUCAAGAUUCAUUCAUGCCAGACAUGGACACCCCAAAGCAACACUCUCAUCAGUCUAGCCUCACUAAUUACCACUAUCCUAAUUACCCUUGCAAGAAGGAAUUCGAAAAUUUGCACUACCAAAUUCCACCUCAACAAUUUCUUCAGCUUCCUCUUUUAGAAAGUCCUAAGUUUCUUCCAGCACAUCCAUGCACCUCAAUGUCAGUGUUUGGCAUUAACGUUAAUAAUAAUAAUCAUGGUAGCUCUAAUUUGCAGCUAUCCUCCGUGCUCACACGAGAACAUGGGCAUUAUCAUCCCAACAAAUGUACUAAUGAACAAGUUGCUGAUCAAGUGACCGAUUGGCGAGUGCUCGAUAAAUUUGUAGCUUCUCAACUUAGCCAAGAGGAGGUUUCCAAGGAAAAAGGUUACUCAAACACCUUACAUGGUGCUACUGAAGGCUCGAAUUUGAUGAUUCGAAAUUUGAACAAACAAGAAACAGUCACGGAAAAUAACUCCACGGCGUCAUCCUGUUCUCAGAUUGACCUGUGGAAGUGAAGUGAGAUUUCUUAUAAGGAAAGGGAAAUAUAAGUAAACACUGAUCAUAGGAAAGUACAGUUCUUUGUUGAUUAAAUAUCUAAUUAAUAUCAUUUGUACAUAACAAUACUACUAAGAAAAACUAUAUGACCCUUCUAGCUAAUAUUAAGUUGAGAGAAAAUAAAUUAAAUGCUUGAUGAUGGAAGCAUAUAUAGGUGAAUUAUGCAGCCAGAUUUAUCUGUUUGAGUUGUAAUUGAAGCAUUUUC